GCCCUCCCGUGAACCGAGUUCUGGCACCAAAAUCGCUAAUUCUGAUUCUGUUGUGACCGAUUUGAUCAAAUAUUUUUUUAAUUCUAAACAAACGCAAUGAAACCUCAAUCGCCUCUUAUCCUCUCUCUCCUAUUCGCAGCCACUCUCUGUCUCCUACGCCAGGUUCCGGCCGCCGCCGCCGCCGCUGCUGAUGCUGGGACCUCCGUCAACGCCACUGCCAAUGGUACCGAGUUUAUCCGGAGUAGCUGUGUCAUUACUCUCUAUCCCGACGUCUGCUACGCUUCGCUCUCUCGCUACGCAAACGACAUUCAGCAGGAUCCAGCCUCGCUCACUCGCGUCGCCAUUACCAUCAGCCUUGCCAACUCCCGUAGAAUGGCUUCUUAUGUAUCCAACCUGUCUCACGUCGGCGACUACGGCGCCGAUCACAGAGCAGCCUCCGCGCUUCACGAUUGCUUUACGAACUUCGACGACGCCGUCGACGAGAUUCGCGGCUCGCUCAACCAGAUGCGCCAGAUCAACGACGUCGACGUGCCGUCGUUCAGGUUUCAAAUGAGCAACGUGCAGACGUGGAUGAGCGCCGCGCUUACGGAUCAGGAAACAUGUACGGACGGAUUCGAAGAUGUGGCUGAUGGACCGAUGAAAGCGGACGUAUGCGCAAAGGCGGAGAAGGUGAAGAAGCACACCAGUAAUGCCCUAGCGCUGGUGAAUAGCUUCGUCCAGAAAAGGAUUCCGUGAUAUUCAAUCGUGGUGGUUGUGUGCCUGUUGUACUGCUCUCCUCUGCUCUGCUCUGCUUUGCUGGUUCCUUCUUCCAUAGUUCCAGAAUGAAAGAUAGAGAAGGAAGCAAUUCGCAUUUUGUAUUAUCUGUUAAUAGUUUUAAUGCUUCCUCUUCUUCCAUCUUCAUCUUCC